AUGAAUGGUGAUCAAAGCCCAGGUAGUCCUUUAGAACUUACUGAUCGCGAACAAGCUGUUUUGAUGGAUCCCAUAGAUCAUGAAAAAUGUAGAUAUCCUUAUUGCAUCGUUUGGACACCAAUUCCAGUUUUAACAUGGAUGUUCCCAUUUCUUGGUCAUAUGGGCAUUUGCACUUCAAGUGGUGUGAUAAGAGAUUUUGCAGGACCAUAUUUUGUAUCAGAGGACCUUAUGGCAUUUGGUAACCCCACCAAAUACUGGCAGCUGUCUCCCCAAAGAGCCACAAAUGGUCAGGCCGGUUGGGACGCAGCUGUUGCUGAGGCAUCAGAGAUUUAUAAGAAAAGAAUGCACAUAAUAUUUUAUGAUAAUUGCCAUUCCCAUGUGGCGACUGCUCUGAAUAUUAUGAAUUAUGGUGGCUGUAAAAAUUGGAAUAUGGUUAAAUUAGCAUUCUACAUGAUUCCAUAUUCAAAGUAUGUUAGUUUUGGCGCUUUCUUGAAGACAUGGUUGCCAUUCGUCUUUAUUGUUGCAUUUAUAUGUGGCCUAGCUGCAAUCAUU